ACGUGGCAACUUUGACAUCUAUUGUUCAAUCUCUCAUCUGAUACAAUCAAAGCAGACGCAGAGAGAGUGACCUCGCCUCACCUUUCACCAUGGUCUCCACUCUCCAUGCUCAGCUAUCCGCCCCCCUCAAGCAUCACCUCCCCUCCCACGCCUCACUCUCAUGGCGCCGCAAUUUAUCAUCCGAUGCCAUUGCCUCCACCUCCUCUUCCACCUUCACUACUAAAGGUAGGGGCAACGCGGCCGUGAUUACUUGCAACGCACAGGCUGCGCCGGCGGCGGUGAAUUUGGCUCCCGGAACGCCGGUCAGGCCGACGAGCAUACUGGUUGUGGGCGCCACGGGCACAUUGGGCAGGCAGGUUGUGAGGAGAGCUCUAGAUGAAGGCUAUGAUGUUCGCUGCCUAGUUCGCCCUCGCCCCGCCCCUGCUGAUUUCCUCCGCGAUUGGGGCGCAACUGUCGUCAAUGCAGAUUUGAGCAAACCUGAGACGAUACCUGCAACACUGGUUGGGGUACAUACAGUUAUUGAUUGUGCUACAGGACGUCCGGAGGAGCCCAUAAAAACCGUAGACUGGGAAGGAAAAGUUGCUCUUAUUCAAUGUGCAAAGGCCAUGGGAAUCCAGAAAUUCAUCUUCUUUUCCAUCCACAACUGUGACAAGCAUCCUGAGGUUCCACUUAUGGAGAUCAAGUACUGCACAGAGAAGUUUCUUCGUGAUUCAGGCUUAAACCACGUAGUUAUCCGACUGUGUGGUUUCAUGCAGGGCCUGAUCGGACAAUAUGCAGUACCCAUACUCGAAGAGAAAUCUGUUUGGGGCACUGAUGCGCCUACAAGAAUCGCAUACAUGGAUACCCAAGAUAUCGCUCGACUAACAUUUAUAGCUCUACGCAAUGAGAGCAUCAACGGAAAGCUUCUUACAUUUGCUGGACCUCGUGCAUGGACAACCCAAGAGGUGAUAACCUUGUGUGAGAGGCUUGCUGGUCAAGAUGCAAAUGUUACCACUGUACCAGUAUCAGUUCUGAGAUUCACUCGUCAGCUAACUCGCCUAUUUGAAUGGACCAGUGAUGUUGCUGAUAGAUUGGCAUUCUCAGAGGUUCUGACCAGUGACACAGUCUUCUCUGCCCCAAUGACCGACACGUACCAACUUCUCGGAGUGGAUGCAAAGGACAUUAGCUCACUAGAGAAAUAUCUGCAGGAUUACUUCACCAACAUUUUGAAGAAGCUGAAAGACAUCAAAGCACAGUCUAAGCAAACUGACAUCUUCUUUUGAGACAGUGUAAAAGAUAAGAUUUCAUGUUUUCAUGUAUAAGUAAUUGUAUAUGUGUGUCAUAUUUUUGUAUUCACAUAGAAAUACAUGGUAUAUAAUGAUUUCUGGAGAAUGCCUAUUAUCCCAUUAAGUAAA